GUAUAUGUGUGAGCUGACAGGUAGAAAGCAGCCGUCUCUCGGUGAGUUGCGGGCAAUGCGGUGAACAGAUUUGAGUAAAUAUUCAGACAUGUUGGAUCACUCCAGCAGCCAGAUGAACCAUGUCCACUAAACUUCGCUGCAGACUUGGAGCUCAGUGGUGAACGUGGGCGAAGACACCGCAGGAACAAACGGGAAAUUCAACUGUCAGCUGGCCGGGAAAGCCGAUCACACCACCCGGCUUCCGGGGAUUCAGGGGCCGCAUCGGUUGACGGCAGACGUCGGUCGGCAGCUCGGGGGGAAGAGGGCGAGCAGCCACAUCAUCGCCGACAUCUACCUCUCGUUUUCUGCCACUUUCCGAGAUGUCAAGGAAGCUUCAGAGGACAGAAGUCUGCGCCGACUGCAGUGCGCCAGACCCCGGCUGGACCAGUAUCAACCGAGGGGUCCUGAUCUGUGAUGAAUGCUGUUCAGUUCACCGCAGCUUAGGGCGUCAUAUCUCCAUAGUCAAGCACCUGAGGCACAGCGGAUGGCCUCCAGCACUACUGCAGAUGGUUCAGACCUUGGCCAGUAAUGGGGCCAACUCCAUAUGGGAACACAGUCUCCUGGACCCUGCUCAGGUGCAGAGUGGUCGAAGGAAACCCAACCCCCAGGACAAAGUCCACCCCACUAAGUCAGAGUUCAUUAGAGCCAAAUACCAGAUGCUGGCCUUUGUACACAAGCUGCCCUGCCGCGAUGAUGAUGGCGUCACCACCAAGGACCUCAGUAAGCAACUCCACUCCAGUGUGAGAACGGGCAGUUUAGAGACAUGUCUUCGGCUCCUGUCCCUCGGCGCUCAGGCCAACUUCUUCCACCCGGAAAAAGGCACUACCCCACUCCAUGUAGCAGCCAAGGCAGGCCAGAUCUUGCAGGCUGAGCUCUUAGUGGUAUAUGGCGCAGACCCUGGAGCCCCCGACAUAAACGGACGUACGCCUAUGGACUAUGCAAGGCAGGCUGGUCACAUAGAGUUAGCAGAGCGGCUUGUGGAGUGUCAGUAUGAGCUGACAGACAGGCUAGCCUUCUACCUGUGUGGACGGCGUCCAGAUCACAAGAAUGGCCAUUAUAUCAUUCCUCAAAUGGCAGACAGAGCUCGUCCUAAGUGCCCGACACAGAGCCUGGACCUGUCAGAACUGGCCAAGGCUGCCAAGAAGAAGCUCCAAGCGCUCAAUAAUCGGCUGUUUGAGGAGCUAGCGAUGGAUGUCUACGAUGAGGUGGAUCGCAGAGAAAAUGAUGCAGUGUGGCUUACGACCCAGAACCACAGCACUCUGGUAACAGAACGCAGCGCAGUGCCCUUCCUACCAGUCAAUCCUGAAUACUCUGCCACACGCAACCAGGGCCGUCAGAAGCUGGCUCGGUUCAAUGCUCGGGAGUUUGCCACUCUCAUCAUCGAUAUCCUGAGCGACGCUAAACGGAGACAGCAGGGAAAAGGAUUCAGCAGCCCUACAGACCCACUGGACCUGGGUAUUGAUGAUGACCAGCAUGACUAUGACAGCGUAGCAUCUGAUGAAGACACAGACAGUGAGCUAACCACCCAGAACAACAACAACACACAACGCAGCAACCGAGCAAAGAGUAUGGACUCGUCAGACUUGUCAGACGGUCCAAUCACCCUGCAGGAGUACCUUGAGGUGAAGAAGGCCCUGGCCUCCUCAGAAGCCAAGGUGCAGCAGCUCAUGAAAGUCAACAACAACCUGAGCGAGGAGCUGCGGCGGCUUCAAAAGGAGAUCACACGGAUGCAGACAGAGAACAGUGCCCUGCGGGGUGGCCAGCAGGCUGGGGGGGCAGUCGGCCAUGGGGUAGGAGGCCAUGGUGGAGGGGGAGGAGGCCACUGGCAAGGGGGUGUGAUGCGAGGAGGAAUAAGUGGAGGGGGUCUUGGUGGGUUUGGGCAUGGAGCGGACACCCCGGGGCUCUCUGUGCCCUCCUCCGUGGCUCCCCACUCCCAUCCCCACCGGAGAGACCGCCAGGCCUUCUCUAUGUACGAGCCAGGGGCGGCCCCCGGCCCCAAGGUCCAUGGCCCCCCAGCCCUGGACUCCCUGGCAGCCCGCCUGCAGCCCCUCAACACACCCAGCGUAAGGAAGGGUAGCACAGGGGGUCCAGUUUCGUAUGGAAGCCAUCAUCUGUCUGGAUCUACAGAGAUGGGCAGAUACAUGAAGCACGGCAGUGGCACAGACAGUGACUAUGACAACACGCAAACAUAUGACCUCUCGCUAAGGUCAGAUUCACGUAUGGGCCGCAGCAGUGAGGAAGAGGGUCGUGGGGACUCUGAGGAAGGUGGGGGCGGGGAGACAUGGGAGCCGGACCCCACCCUGCCUUGUACAGAGGACGUCAUACUGAAGACUGAGCAGGUGACCAAGAACAUCCAGGAGCUGCUCAGGGCCGCCCAGGAGUUCAAACAUGACAGCUUUGUUCCAUGUUCUGAGAAGAUCCACUCUGCUGUCACUGAGAUGGCCUCACUCUUCCCAAAACGUCCAGCGUUAGAUGCAGUCCACGGGUCCCUCCGGCUGUUGGCUUCCAGUGCCUCGCGGUUGCAGGUGGAGUGCCGCAAGGCGGUGCCCUCGGAGCCUGGGGCCCCCGCAGUGGACUACCAGCUCCUCACUCAGCAGGUCAUCCAGUGCGCCUAUGACAUCGCCAAGGCCGCCAAGCAACUGGUCACCAUCACUACUCGUGAGAAGAAACAGUGACCCAACAAAUGCAUGGAUGGAUAGAUUGAGAGGGAAGAGGAAGAAAGAACAGAUCAAUGCAUGAGGGGGCUGAGAGGGAACGGAGGGGCUUCUAGGAGAGUGAUGAAGAUGCAUCAUGUGAUCACACUAAAGAUGGGAGGACGGGAGUGACCGAGAGAGUGAUGGCCACGACGAGGAAUGGAAAAGAAGAGAGAAGUUUGGAAAAUGCAUGGGAAAGGAAUCGGAUGGAAGCGCUCAUGGAUUAGUAGAAACACGAGGACUGAAAAAGGAGAAAUUCCACAAGUGUGGAAGUGAAAGCCGGGGAGGACGAGCGGGGGGAACCGACAUGGGAGCUAGAGCGUGGAGCAACAGUUGGAAUCAGAUGUGUAUAAUAAACUGUUUAACUGCGAUGAGCAUAUGUGAAAUACAUAGGUGGGGAUGUACAUAGAACUGGAUCCUGAGGUGGUAAUCGCUUUAUUUAUUCUCACCAGUCAGUUGUCAUCCCUCCCUCCCCGAUCGUGAGGGAGAGGGGGUGUAUGCUGCGAGAGAGAGAGAGCGCAGACCGUGAUGUACCCCAAACAACUGCCGUCCCUCCGUCCUGUGUGGGUCAGGAAGUGCCUCCUCUGCUUUCCUCUCCCACCUGCUCCCUUGACGCUCUCUCUCUCUCUCUCUCUCUCUCUCUCUCUCUCUCGCUCUCUCUGGCCAAUGAAACACAAGGCCCCUCUUAUCUCCUAUCCCAUCCCAUACAGGGAGCUCAUCCUGUAUGGGACGGCCCUAAGGCCCCCUAGCAUCCAUCUAACAUAACCCUGCUCCAAACCCCAGAUACUUUUCCCUGGGUUAACUUUAACAGGGGGUUCCUGCUCUCCUCCGACCUGUCCCCCCCGUCUCUCUCUACAUUGUCGGUGGUACACAGCGUGAUCUGGCAUGUUCGAAUUUCUUUCCUCUCUCCUCGUUUUCUUUGUUUUCUUUGCAGAUUGGUUUGGUCUGCACUUCUGACAAACCUUACUGACUUACAAAUGCAAAACACUUACACUGGAAUAAUUGUGAUUUAUUAUUGUUGAUCAUGCCAAUUUCUUUUUUUGUUUUUGUAUUGAUAUUUUUACUGACUCGUCUUGAUUUAGCUGUUUAUGUAUGUUUUAUUUCAUUGUCUCAAUAUGAUUCUCAUUUAUUGAAAUAGGGAGACAGGUGGGGAGUAAUGUGCUCAACCUCUUACUGGGAUCUAAACCAACAUGCACAUGUAAAGAAAAGAAGGAAAAACCUGUGAAAUGGUCCUCAACAUUUCUCUCGCGCUCUGCUUCUGGGUGACUGUUAAGGUUUUUUUCUUCAUGUCGUAAUUUGUCCUUUGGCCAAGGGGUCGAAAAGUUGCCAAAGGGGAGUUUGAUUUUUGGGAGAUAAGUUUUAGAUUUUCUGUCAAGUUGAAAACCCCUUGGUGCAUUAUGGCAAGAUCUGGAUCAAAAUGCUCUUUUGGUGUUAACUCUUUUAUUUUCCUCUUCUAAUAGAACUAGUGGAAUCAUCUCAGAAUCUCAUACUAAUUUUAUUUUUAUGCCAAGCAGGAUGAUACAAAUCAAGUGCAUCAUUUGGUCCAGCCUGUGAACGAGGAUGAAUCCUCCUGUGUUGGUUUUGAAGCCGAUGGUUACUGACAAGGCCGGUCGUGCUUCCUGGGUGCUUGUUUUGCACAGCAUACAUUAUUAACAUGAAUGAUAACAAACGUUGAGUCAAACGUUUGUUGACAUGCUUGUUGGCGAUACCGGUAUGUUGCAGUCAAAGCUUGGGUUGGUAAUCCUGGAAAGGCUAGCAGCAUGCUACAUUUGGGAAGCGAUCCAUUUCACCCCCUUCCAUCGGCCCCCUCAUCAAAGCACACACUGUGACAAGUUGACAACUGCUAGAAGACAACUUUUUUGGAGUGGCUCGCCAUCUUCUAGCUGUAGCCUCUGCUUCAGCGGUGCAUGUCUCCGCUGCUAAAGACUCAUGCACAGGCAGGAUGCACGCAGGGAGGCAGGUUGGUUAGUAACAAACAGGUACGCCAGCCAAUCAUAUUGUUAUACGAGAGCCGUAAGACUCCGGCUUUUUGCUCUUCUUAUAUUUCAACUAUUUAUUGAUGGCUUUCGGGAUGUGAAGAGGAUUUCAACAAAAAAAGAUAAAAGGUCUUCUAGAAAAAAUUACCAACCCUACCUUGAAGCUUUAUGUCGACCUGUGGAAAGCACCGGAUCGAGUCAGUUGGACAAAAAUGUGCUCAUUUGAAGUCAAUUUGUGAAACCUCAGAGUGCUCUUGAUUUACUUUGCCACGUGUUACUUUCACUGUGGCGAGCACAAACAAGCCCACACCCACUGUAGUCCACUUGGUUCUGUGUCGCGGCCUGCUGACUCGGGCCUCAGAAGUUUGAACUUCUAGUUCACUGUGUCUUGGGAACAAAGCAAGACAGCAUUGGGAACAAAGUAGUGUGUUUUUGUUUGCUUUUCAAAGAUAGGGCUCUUAACCUAUUGUAGGUUAAAACCUUGUUCUGUGCCCAUGUGGUCAUACCUGUAACUAAGGUUUCAGAUGGGAUCUUGUUUAAAUUCACCUCUUACCUUUCUCCAAUGAUUCUGCAGCUCUUUUCUCAAAGUGUCUGCAGCUCUCAGAGUUGGUUCUUGCAUUGGUUCUGAAGCGAUGACGUCGUCCUUCAAACAGCAUUUACCGCUCAUCUCAAUGUUAAAUUUUUUCCUCAUGUCGCUGCCUUUUAGCAAGAAGCAAUUAAACCCCAACUUGUCCCCAACACUUUGAGAAGCUGAUGCCAGACCGCCUUCAGCACUUCUCUGUCCACUUAAUUCACAUUCAGUCUUUCGCUUUUCCUCCCCUGAUCGUCACGUGGGGUGUCUGCCUGUCGGUGUCCAGUGCAGUUUCGUCUCUGCAGGACAAAGUUUGAAAGUUUUCCCUGUUCCCUGUCAAAACAAAUCGUGUUCGGAAGACUCUUGAAAUGUAUCAUUGUUUGAUAUUGAAUGCCAUUGCACAUCAUCAUCAUCAUCAUCAUCUCUUUUUAUGACUGGCUGAGUUACAGUGAUGUUUUACUGACUGCUGAAACUACAGAAAUACUUGCACACACACAAACACACAUCGGGGCCAGCAGAAGAGCUUGUCCCCUCAAUCAUGAUUGCCCAAGUUUUAGAGUAGAGCCAUAUAUAUGAACAUAUAUUUUCAUGCUAUAUUUUAUAUUAAGCUAUAUGUUAGGAUUAUGUUUGUCAGAUAUUUAUGUCUAUUUGUAGGCUCAAGUGAUCUUCAGGCCAAAUCUUCACUGUCUCUUCCUCCGCUCUUAACUCUUGACACACCGAAUGUACGUCAUUGAUACUUGUGGGUGUGGUUAUCCUGAGGAACCCCUCCCCCCCUCAUGUGUCAGCAAAUACUGAUCCUAUUACAAUCCACAGGAAAUGAGAGCACAUGUUUGAUUCAGGUGUGGUCUCAGUUGCACUAUUUUCAAACACCAGCUGGAUGAAGUAGGAUCUAAAUGAUGUACCUCUCUUCCAAAGGUUUUUAUUUCAGGUACAUGAGGCGCAGGAUGCAGCGGUGUGGUGUGGGAGGGGGCAGAUAGAGCGGCCUGAAGCGCACUAUAGCUUAGCACUACAGUCAUCUCAAAACAAGGGGGAGAGGGUCAAAAAACGCACACAGCCUCAGCCUCCCUGAUAUGUAUGGACACUACGUAGGGUGCCUCCAGUGUGAAUGUUAAUGCUUAUUUGUCCAACAUCAAACACACAUCCUCACACACUUCUCAGUUGGACCAACAUUACGUUUGCAGCCAGUGAAUUCUACACACACCCAUACACACUUCUGAUACUGCGAUGUCCCCAAUGUUCCUUCACAGCGCUACACUUUGGGAGAUGGGUGACGGGAGAGUUAUCUUUUAAAGAAGACAUUAAAACUGUAUAAAGUAGAGAAAACAAUGACUUAAAAAGGUCAAUCGUAAUGGAAACUCAUAAGCUGUACAUUUGUAAUAAAAUUUAAAAAACAAGUAAA